ACCCAGGACAAAAUGCGUUCCUUCACUGUUGCCGCUGCCUUUGCAGCUCUGGCUGUAGCCAACCCUCUUCCUCAGGAGAUUGACUGGGCUGCGGUCGAUGCCCUUGCCCCCAUCCCCACCGUCACCAUCCCUGUUGUCGACGUUAGUGCUCAAGCCAGCACUGUUUCCUACCAGCCUUCCGCUGCUGCCAGCUCUAUCGCUGCCGAGGUCAAGGCCUCGGGCGUCAGCUCUGCUGGCCUCAAGGCCCGCGCAGCUGCUACUUGCAAGCCCCAGCCUACUGGUGCUGGCCCAGUCCCUUCGCCUGACACCGCCGAGGCUUUCCUGGCCUACCAGGACUUUUCCACCAUCGCCAAGUCUGCCUCGACUCCUCAAGGCUACUACAACACCUUCACCGACCUGAAGGCUAGCAACAACGCUUAUGGCUACCUUGGUUACACUGUCCUCAACGAGUACAACACUCAGAUUUGUGCCUCCAAGUGUGAUGCCAUCAAGGGAUGUGCUGCCUUCAACCUCUACUUUGAGCGCGACCCUACUGUCAACCCCAACGACGCUUCUUGCGCAAACCCCGCCAGCACCACCAACAUCAAUGAAACCAUGGCCGAUAAGCCACAUCGUAGUGNNUGUGUCUUCUGGGGAGGUCCAGUUACCACCGACAACGCAAAGAACGAGGGCCAAUGGCGCAAGGACUUCCACGUAGUCAUUGCUGGCUCUAAUGGCUACGUCAACAGCAAGAUUGUUACUCCCCCUGGUUGCACUGCUCCCAUCCCUCUCGGAAACGCCGCCAUCAACGCUCCCUUCGACUGCAAUGGCAAGGAUACUCCCUCAUCUUCGUCAACUAAACAAACACAGCNNUACCUCGGCGUCCGCAUCUUCCAGACCGGACCAUUCGACAUCUCCAAGUGCGCCGCUGCCUGUGCCGCUCAAGCCGACUACGCUCGCGCCCACCCCCCAGCCAACGGUGCUGAGAUCAAGACCUGCCAAUUCUACAACACUUACAUGUUGCUCAAGAACGGCGAGACUGUUGGUCAAUACUGUGCUCUGUAUGACCACAGCUGGCCCCAGAGCUAUGCCACCAACUUUGGCCAGUACAGAGGCAGCGACAAGUACACUAUCGAGUGGUCGUACAUUUCUUCCAAUGCUACUAACCCUGCUCCUGCUUGCCAGCCCAAGGCUUAA